AUGCAACUGCCGAGUGAAUCUGAGUCACAAGCUUUCAAGAAACAAACAAUUUCGAACGAUGAUCUAUACCGAAACUCGACACAGUAUGGGAUUUGGUCGUUCACACAAGAAGAGCUAGAGAAAGCAAAGGCCAAUGCAAACCAACUGGGAGUAAUCGCAGCACGAGAACGGUUCCAAUCAGCUUACAACAAGUCCAAGAGUGAUCACCCGGAAGCUUUUAGUAAAUUUCCCAACGAAUUAAACGAAGAUAUGAUCAGCCUAUUGUCAUUCGAAGAGGAAUCCGCGUAUUUAGAAUUUUACAUUCAAAAUGUCACCACCACAUGCAAUUUCUUCAAGAUGCCGACUCAAGUACGGCUAACAGCCGCCUCUUUCUUCAAAAAGUUUUACUUGGUCAAUUCAGUAAUGCAUUACCAUCCAAAGAAUAUCCUAUACACAUGCAUUUUCCUAGCUGCAAAGUCAGAAAAUUACUUUAUAUCCAUUGAGUCCUUUGUGAAGGCGCUCAAGGGCGUUCAAACAUCCGAUAUAUUGAACUUGGAGUUUAUUGUAUUGCAAAGUUUGAAAUUUACGUUGUUAGUCCAUCAUCCAUUACGGCCUUUAUACGGAUUCUUUCUUGACUUUCAAGCUGUUUUGUUGUAUCCGGAUCCUGUGAUGUACGACGUUUCUGCAAAUACCAUUGGGAAUCUUUAUAAUAAAGCUAAAGAGUGGUUGAACAAGUACUACAUGCUUAGUGAUAUUGCAUUUUUAUUCACACCACCGCAAAUUGCUUUGGCUGCGAUGUACGAUUGUGAUCGCAGAAUCACUGAUCGGUACUUGAAACGAAAAUUUUUGAGGGACGAUGAUGUUGAGGACACAGGUGAUGUGCAGAAUCGCGUACACCUGGAACAAAAGAAGGAUAAGUCUGAGACUCAAAAGCUGAAAACGGAAUGUGGCGAAGGUGGCGAAGGUGAAGCUGAAAAUGGGACAGAUAAUGCACAAAACUUAGAGUCCGAGAAUGUCCCUCCAUCAAACCCCGUAUCCAAACGGGAACAGUACGAGUCCUUAGUCCGUACCAUACGAAGAUGUGCCAAAUUGGCCAAGGACUUGCCGGUUGCAGAUCGUGAAAAGAGUAAAGAAAUCGAUAAAAAGUGUUUCUUUGCACUAAACCCUGGCAAAUUGGUUGACAAGCGAAUAAAAAGAUUGAUGGCUGAGAAUUCUUGA